CACAAAAAGAAGAAGACGAAGACUGCCACCGAAGAAGACAACAUCCGGGUACUUGCUAUAAAAGUUGGCGCGGUCGUCUUUUGAUGGCGGGUGCGGGAAAACAUUGUGGCUGAGACACAUUUAGUGCUCUUUUUCGGCCUUAGUAUUUUGAGUUUGAAUUGGCAAUGGCGCAUAAAACGAAGCCACAAAAAGACCUCGGUCAAUACUUGUGGAAUUGUCUUCUUGGACUUGAUUUCCAACCCGGAAAGUAUAGCGGUUUACGACGCCUCAACCUGAGCCCAAAUAUGUUUGAUGAGCCAAACAACGAAGCCUUCUACGUUGUAAUGAGUUUCCUGUUGGAGAAACUAAAUCCAAUACGGUAUCAACAGACAUUCAGGUAUUGCUUGUCUCCGGAUGGUACAAUUGCAAAGACGGAGCACGCCGUGUUUCGCAAAGAGGCCGCCGCUUGGCUGCGAGAAAUUAUGGAGGAAACUGGAUAUGGUGGCUCCAAAAUCAUCGGGUCCUUGUUACUCACGCCCGGAGGCCCCAAAUUUCUGAACUUGAUGGUCCAUGUAGCUGCGCAUGUCAUCGCACAGGAAAUGAAAACGUUCACCACAGAUGAUAGCUGGGUGUCAGAAGUGGCCACCAAGCCGACGUCCUCCCACGACAUGGCGCUUAAAAGACUCCGUAUGGUCCGGAAAAGGUUUCUGAAGGCGGAGGAACGCCAGAAAAAUGUUCAAUUAGAGUGCCAGAAUGGAUCCCGGAGUAUCAUGAAGGCUAUACAAGACACCACAUCUCAGAGUCGGGAGUAUGACGAACUGCUCAAACAGCACCAUGCAAAGUCUGUGCUGGAGGAGUCUCCCCUCGAUGACAAAGCUGAAAAGGUUCGAUCCCUGUGGUCAGUCGUGGAUGUAAUGCUGUCAAAAACUGAUGGAGACAUUAAUAUUUUGGAAAGCGCACUGAAAGGAGAGGUGAACCAGUACGUACUGGACGGCACGGAGCGCCUCCUCCAAAUCCCCCGCAGCCUUCAGGAGAGGAUGGAGCGAUACCCGCAGAAGUUGAACUUGGGGAAAAUGUACGAGGACGGGCAGCUGAACCUACUCUGCUUCUUGGAGCUUUUGAAUCAAUCUCUGCGCCUCCUGAAGGCUGAGCAUGGCAAGUCUCUGCUCAGUCUUCCCCCGCUCAGCUGGCAGCACCUACAGGACAAACAGCAGGAGUUGGCUCGCCAGCAACAGCGACUCGAGCUCCUCAGACUGAAGAUUUCCAAAGAUGAAAUACCUGAGGUGAUGAGUGGCAUCAGAGAGCUGGAUGCAGAGUCCGACAAGAAGUGGUUGGACAUGAUGAAAAACAUGCCCGUGGGCUUGGUGCUCGAUGACGAUCCGGUGCAUAACUUUCUUUCACCGAUGUCUAUCCCGUCAUUGGAACCAAGCGGUGACGAUUGCGUCUUUUCGCUGUUUCCUGCUGUGCUUCCUGAGAAGCAUUUAGCCUGUAAUCCGACAGAGGAAGAAAGCAAUACUUUGGCAGCUCUCAAAAGCUUUUGCUCGCCUGCAGAAGAGAAAAAUCUCCAAGCACGUGAAGACAACUCUACAACAACUCACGUUUGGGUGCUUGACAUGCCGCCAUCACCUCACGAGACGCCGACUGUAGCGCCACAGGCUACUAAAGUGCCUCCAACCACAGCCAAGAAGAUAAUGGACCUGGAAUGUGAUCGUCUUGCUGAACUGUUUGCACAGGCUGUCACCACAGACGUUGGGAGCGUUGGUCUGGAACUUGAAGAAAUGGCCGAAAUCCUUUAUAACGAUCCGUUCCGCACCCGAAAACAAAUUCCUCGCACGCCAGAAAAUUCAUUUUCAAUUUGGGCUCCCCACCUCCGCUAGAUGACGCCCAAGGCAACCGCGUCGCUAGCUUAUGCUGAGGUACUGAGAUCAAUGGAUGGAUGGAUUUUCUAACUGAUUUGAUUAAAAAGUGUGAAAUUUUAUGGAAAACACAAAGUUGUGUGGGUGAUCAAUCCCAAACUCUUGAACAGUGACUGUCCUAUUUACUCUUAGGGUUAUGUGGACACAUGUGUGCAUUGUCAUUUGAUGGCUGAUUGUAUAUGGAGGCUUCAAUCUGCCGAGGGGGCGUUAAUAUCGUCAAAUUCUAACCUGAACAGCCAUUGUUUCCAGUUAUAGCCACCUUAUUCAGUACACUGUGCAACCCAAACGAUGAUAGGAAUGCCAUGGUGAAGGCCUCCCUGAGCUCCCAUGGAAACUGAGACAAAAAGGCUCCGGGGAUCAAUCUCUUGUAUUCGCCAACUUGAUACUAAGGGAGAGAAUGUAACUAUUGGGUGACUCUCAUACUAAGGGAGAGAAUGUAACUAUUGGGUGACUCGCCUAUGUAGUCUUUGAUUAAAAGCAGAGCUAUUCAGUUUAGGAGGCCAUUGAAUUUCAAAUGGUCAUAUGGACAUAAGAGAGACAUUUUGUGCUAAAGUUAGCCCUCAGCAGUGGCGGUUUUAGGGGUGGGGCCACAGGGGCACUGGCCCCUCUAACUUGAAUGACCCCAGAAGUGCCCCUUUUCCCAUUUUGGCACAAAGCAUGGCAAUCAAAUGAGAGAGAGAAUGGGAUCAUUUUGCUAGACUCUAGUGGUAUCAAACGUACGGCCUGUGAGCCGGAAGCGCCCCGCCAGAGGGUCCGAUCCGGACCGCGGGGUUGUUCUGCCUGAGUUUUUGUAGCUAGUUCAUACUGUACAUACAAUAUCACUUUUUUUUUUUUUUUAAUUUUGACAUUAGUGCCAUAAAUCCAUAGAUUUGUGAUCAAGUGCGUGCGCUACUGCACUUAGCUCAUCUUCAUGUCCCCCGUGACAUUAGUUCAUUUGCCUCUACCUUGACAAAAUGGUUUGUAAGUCUAGCACCGUCAAUGGCAGCCAAGGAGCUAACAAGGAAUUGACCCGCAAAUCCCCCAAAACCAACAGGAAGUGACACCAAAUCAACAGGAAGCAGCUUGGAAAUGCCCCAAAAUCAACAGAAAAUGAUCCAAUAUUUAGAGGCAGUGACGCAAACUUAACUCAUUGACAAAGAUAGAUAUACAACUGACUUAAACUGGGAGGACUGACUGAAUGCUCAUCUUCCAGUGCCACCAACGGUGCUCAAAGAAGCAAAAAUGUUUUUGCCGCCACCUGCAGGUUAAUCUGCGUAUUGCCUUGUUGACAAUAACAGAAAAUGAACAAAGAUGGCAGCCACACUUGGCCCAUGAGGGUUACAUGUGGCCGCUUCUUUGUUCUUGGCCCUUGUUUCAGAAAAAUCGUAGAACCGCCAUUGGCCCUCAGCCUGGCUUUGCUAGUAUCAUAGCUAACAUGGCUUUGCGUACAUACCGUAUUGGCCCGAAUAUAAGACGGUGUUUUUUGCAUUGAAAUAAGACUGAAAAAGUGGGAGUCGUCUUAUAUUCAGGGUCUAGACAUUAUACCCGGUUAUGACGCUAGAUGGCGCCAGAUAUCAUUGAAGCGAAUGCUGAACUUGAGUAAUGUUCUGUCAUGACAGAUCUCAGCUACUCUCAAGUUUAACCUGUUUGCAUUAUUUUAUUGCAGUGUUUUUCCUCAUUCAGAUUUGUUUCAAGACUACAGUUAGUUAGACCUCA